AUGAAGAACCAGGAUCUUGAGGCCGAUAUGGCCGCUUUAGAGGCGUGCAAGAGAAUCCACUCUUCUUUCAAGACUGCACAGGCAGCGAUGCAAGGUCGUGAGGUGAACGACCGGGAUCUCGAGGCCGAUAUGGCCGCUUUGGCGGUCGAGUUCGAAGGAGAGGAUGGCGUGGACGAGAAGGCGGAUGGCAGCGAGACGGAGAAGUCUGAUGAGAAGUCGGAAGAGGAGAAGAGAUCGCGGAGAGACUACGCUCAGGCCAAGUUGAUGGCUGCGAUCCGUCUCGAGGAGCUGCGGUUGGAUAUUGUCAAGGCGAUCAGUGAGGCCUUCGAUGAGAUGGACGCUCGGAUGGCGGAGGAGGCUUCUCAGGUUGCGGCGGGUGAGAAGACUGACGAGAAGACCGACGAGGACAGUGACGAGAAGUCCAACGAGAAGACCAACGAGGACAACGACAAGAACCUCACUCAGGAGUCCCACGAGAAGUCCACUGAGAAGCCAACUGCCACCGAGAACUCACAUGAGAACGGGAAAGAGCAGACUCAGUAUCAAGAGAAGAAGAACAAGAAGGACAGGAAGAAGAAGAAGAGAAAGAGAAAGAUGACCGCCGAGGACAAGCUGUGGCGUGCGCUGUUCGCCGACCUCAGAUAUUUUGCUGAGUGGGCGGCCACCAGGGUAGGACGCAUUAUAACAGCGAUGAGACCUCUCAUGGACGAAGAGGAAUACUUUGUGCUGCAGAACGGAGUUUUCGAGCCUUUCAGACACAUGCUCAUGCGGCGGGAGGGGCGUCAAGUCGAGGAUUGCGAUUGUGAGGGGUGCGCUGGCGAGCUUGAUGAUGAUCAGGAUGAGGAUGACGAGAACACGGUCGUUUGGUGGCGGCAGUGA